GGCGAGCGGCGGGGAGUACCGGCAGCGCCAUGGCUUUCGCUCGGUGGUGGUACGCCAUGCAAGGCGACAAGAAGGCAAGUGAGGGUUCUUCCAAAUCAGGAGAGAAAAAGGCAGAAACGACAGAGAAGGGUUCGACAAGUGCUAAUGCCACUCAGCCCCCCAAAACACAGACCAGCGGAGCACCUUCUACUGUCAAGAAGCAGUCCCCCUCUGCUGAUGCGUCAAAAACACUCACUAUGAAGCCAUCUGAAGUGAAGUCCACACCAACAACCAAAGCAGAACCUGGAAAAAAUGAACAGUCAUCCAAGCCAACAAACUCUCAAAAUAACCAGCCAUCUGAAGAGAGACAAAAAGAAUCCAGUGGUGCAAAAGGACAAAUCACGCCUUCUGGGAUAACAGCUUCUAAACCAAAUAAUACAGGAAAGGUAGCUACAAGUCAGGCUGGGCAGUCUUCACAACCAACCUCCAAAGAGGCAGCACAGCCUAAGUCUGAAAAGACAUCCACAGCAGGUGGUGCAGCUGAUGCACGUGCUGUUGGUGCAGGUGCUGUUGCGAGUGCAGUUACUGCAGCUGAUAAGCCAAGCACUGAGACUACUAUGGAUGAGUCAGCACUAGACAGUCUAAUAGAUACACUUGGUGGACCUGAAGAAGAUGAACCUACCAGCCCAGUUUACACUGGUCCAGAAGUUACGGAAGAUAUUUCUUCGAGAUACUUAGAAGAAAUGGGAAAACGAGAAGGUAGUCUCCCUCCAAAGUAUGUUGAACUGCUGAAGAGCAAAGGAGAUGGCAAAGAUGGAGGCCCACCAAAAGCAGAUGAGCAACCUGAAAAACCAAUGACAGAUGAUGAGCUUGCAGACGCCCUGUCAUCUGACUUUACCUGCAGUAUUCCUUCUGCUGAGGAAAAGAAGACAAGUCUGACAGAGAAACAGAGUAAGGAAGGAGAAACCAUACAAGCACAAGCAGCAAGCUCAGUCAAGACUUCCGUUCCUCCUGAGAAGAAAACAAAAUCAAAAGAGGAAAUGAAAGAGGAUGCAAUGGAAGCUCUUAUGGAUACUAUUGGUGGACCUGAACCUGAACCUGAACCUGAAGAUGUUACCACUAUUGUAGAAGUGUCAGAGGCAAAAGCUAAAGAGAAAAAAGAAAAAAAGGCAGGAGAACGUGAUGAUACAAUACCUCCAGAAUACAGGCUAACACCACAGUUGGAUAAAGAUGGAAAACCAAUAUUGCCAAAGCCUGAAGAAAAACCUAAGCCUUUGAGUGAAUCUGACCUUGUUGAUGAAUUUUCAAAAGACUUUGCCCGCCCUGCACAGCCUGCAGAACAAUCCAGACCACUGAAGUCCAGCAGCACAUCCAAAAAAUCAUCAGCUCCUGAGUCUGCAAAGACUACAAAGGAUGAAGUAGUCCCUCGUGCCACAGCCUGCACUGUGCAGUCUUCAGCUCCAGCAGCUGUGUCAUCAGUUGGUCAUGUGUCAGAUGAAGCACUGGAAGCCUUGUCCAGUAGCCUAGCAAAGAAGAAGCCUGAUCCAGAAGAAAAGAAACCUGCGGUGGACAAAGUUAAGGAGAAAAACAAGCAGGAAGAACACAAAAAACUGGGGGAAGAUGAAGAAACAAUUCCUCCAGAGUACAGAUUAACAGAUGCAAAAGAUAAAGAUGGAAAACCACUGCCAGUAAAACCUGAAAAAGAGUUCCAGCCGAUGAGUGAAAAUGAUUUGUUAGAGGGUUUGACGGAAGGUUUUUCCUGUUCUCCAGCACAAUCUGCACCACUACCUACACAAAGUGUAAAAAAGAAAACCAAGGAGGGUAAAAAGCCUGGCGGUUCCUCAGAUGUUAUCUCUGCUGCUACGGUUUCCUCAGUGCACUCAGCAGCCCCUCUACCUUCCACAUCAGGAGGAAAAGAGAUGGAUGAAGCCUUGGAUCUCCUGUCUGAUUCCUUGGGACAGAGAGAACCCGACCCUGAUGAGAACAAACCAGUUGUGGAUAAAGUAAAGGAAAAGUCUAAAUCUGAACACAGAGACAAACUUGGAGAAAGAGAUGAUACCAUCCCACCUGACUACCGAGAACUUCUGGAGUCAGGUGACCAGGGUAAACCUGUAAAGCCAACUCCAAAGGAUGCUUUGAAACACAAAGAACAGAAGAAGCCUACAGAUGAGUCUGCGGCUAUCGAUGCUCUAUCAGGUGACUUUGAUACUUGUGCAAAUGCUCCUGCCACACCACAGCACUCAAAGGACAAAAGUGGAAAGGAAACCAUCACCACUAAACCAGCACCUAAGGAUGAAAGAAAACCCAAGGAUCCUAAAAAGGCAAAGGGACGGUCCUCCAGCAGCAAAUCUGAGAAGCAGAAAACAAGCUAAACGUUAACGUUACUGGGUUCUUGGCACUUGAUGUGAAAAGACUUCUUUUUAUUGGGGAUAAUUAUUGCUGAAGAACAAAAGCUGAUGCAAAAAGCAUGUAGCUAUUCUAGAUGUUUUUUUGUAAAGUGGUAUUCUCUGGACUUUUUUCAUAUUUUCUUUUUUUCCAAGUAGUAGAUUAAGAUUUUUUUUCCUAGCCUUUCACUUUACUGUACUGAUAAACUUUUUUUUUUUUUUUUUGGUAAUUUUCUUCAGAUCUCAGAGGGAAAGGAUGCUUUAUAUUUGUAAGAAAUAUAUUUCAGAAACUAAUAGCAAAGCCAAAAAAAAAAAAAAUGCAGACUUUUGCACAUAAUCUCCACAUAGUGCCUCUAAAUCUCCCAAGAAGUCAUAUGUGCUAGCAUUUUUAGCAUUGCAAUGAGUAUAUUAAGCAUUCUGGAAUAUAAUGAGCUUUAGUUAUCAUCAGCCCACCUCAGCGUGGCUGUAUACAGCCUGUCCUAAGUUCUUGGUAAGAAACCAGAGGUAAGCUGUGUUUAUCCAAAGAAUGAAAACCUGGGGAUUAACUGCUUCACCAAGCACAUUCUAAUUAAUAAAGCAGGUAGUUUUGAUGAUGCCUUUGCUGCUGUUAAAACAACUGCAAAACAACACCGAUAAGGUUUUUCUUUUAUUAUUUUUAUUUCCAACUGCAUCUGUACUGCUCUUGUAUAAUUUCAGGAGUCUCCUGGACUGAAAAGAUAAAACUUUGCUGUGUACCACUGACACAAUUAUCAUCACAGAACAGAAAAAUAAAGUACAUACGCCUUAGCAGAUAUUAAGAGAAAUUCAGGCUGAAAGAUGGACAUCUUUGUGUUUGCUUGUUUUCACUGUUUCUAGUCCUUACUUCUGUUCCUCAUACUCAAGGGAAUGCAGAAAUAGAACAGAAAUUAAUGCAGCAAGGAACGUUGUAUUCACCUGGUCUUCAGGAUAACAGGCAAGAGCGGGCCUCUAGUAUGUCUGUUACAGGUAGAGCUUUUGGGACCUAGGUGUGCCAAGUUCUUCCAUUUGUUCUCCUCUGUCUGCAUAAUUCUUAGAACAUCUUUUUGCACAUCUUACCGACACACUGCUCCACCAUUACUUCACAGAGGAAGAUCAUACUAGGGCCAAUAUUUGCAAUGAUUCCAACAGCUGAUUCUAGAAUGUAGUGUGGCAGACAGCUGGCCUUGAGAUUGAUGUUGGAGGAUAAACAGAAUGUUGACUGUACUUAACCAUCUGUACUGAGAACCUGUGUCACACUAAUAAAGUUUUUAAGAAUGCA